UCACUAUAUAACCCUGUACAAGGCGGACGUAAAAGAUCCACUGAAAGAAAAGAAAAGAAGAAAAAAAACUCGAGGGCCACAAGUAAUCAGUUAACAAAAUUACUGUCACUUGUCACCCUCAUUAAAUAAAGUCUUCAAUCAAUCAAUCAAUCAAUCAGUAACCACGAAUAAUAGUUCAAAGUCGAGGCUAGAAAAACUAUACUUUUAUCAUGCGCGGCAACUCCAAUCUCGACUUUGAACUACCAUUCGUGGUCACUGAACGCAACUGUUAAAUGGAGUAUUAACCAACGGAACACAAGACGCGUGAAGCAGUAUUAAUUAUAAACGCGCGAUAUAUUUUAUUUAAAUCAUUGCUGCUGUGGGCUUUUUACCGGGUCCGAGGAACUCUAAGAGGUACGAGAUCGUAGAUCGUAGCCCGUAAUUCACCAUUUUCAAUACAUUGGUUCACUGGUCAAACACAAAGCGCUCAAGCGAGGCGCCAAGGUACUUUCAAAGGAUUGUUCAAAUUUGAACCUUGCAACCCCAACUGCAUGCUUGUGAACCGAUGUAUGGAAAAUAGUGAAUAUUGAAUAAUGAAUAUAUAAUAUGGGGUCUUGCGGAUAGUCAUGAUCGGUCAUGCACUGCCGUAUUAUAUAUAAUACAAAAUAGGCAGUUUCGUACCCAGAGCUCCUCGGUAUCGUUCCUCCCGAGCUCUGUGACCUUAUUACAUAACAAUGUGUUCUUUAUUACAUAGGAAUUUGUUUCUUAAUAUUACAUAGGAAUGUUUUGGAGCCAAUCUGACGAGAUUUCACCUCAGUUUUAAAACGGGCAUACCAGCUCCAAGUCGUGUAGAGAGAAAAAGAACAGCUUAAAAAACACACAUGGGCUUGCUGUGUAUGUAUAAGCCUGGGAACGAGUUUGGGAGAGCUCGGUACGGGAAUGACAGGAAUGAGAAUAAGCGACGAGAAAAGCAAAGAAAGAAAUUUUAAUGAGCUUUAGUCUUACGAAAAAUAAAAUAAAUGGCCCAAAGAUAGAAAUUAAUAAAGGAAAGAUCGAUGGACCAAAACGUCAAGUCCCUUGCAACUCUACAGGAUGUUUUUCGGGGUUCCCUCGAUCCAGAAGUUGUGGAGCUCAUUUUUACCGAAAGCGACUGCGUAGUCAAUGAUGCACUUGAGAAGUUACUAUCUAUAACGAAACCAGUUUCAUCAUCAGACAACUGGAGCCCUGAUUCUGAAAACAAAUCAUCAAGACAAAACUCUGCUGCCAGCAAAGAAGACUUUUCCCCAUGCAAUGAUUGGAGAACUACUGAUAGGAAAACCUCCAAAGGGAAAAAAACAACACACAAAGCUUCUUCUUUCAGAGAUGACAAAAGUAAUUCCUUUAUCAUUGAUGCCACAGAAACACAAAUAUCAGUUGCAGAUUCAUCUGAACAAAAUGGCAAUUCAACAAAAGAAGCUGUAGAACCAAAAGAUUCAUCUUAUCAUAGUACUAAUUCAACAUUAGCCUUGCACAGUGUACAAAGUGGAAUUGAAGUAACUGACCAACCAUUAUCAAAUGAACUUCCACCAUGGCCAGAUUACAAUCCUAUGAAAUCAUUUUCUGGUCAACCCUGUAAUGCUUAUCAAAGAUUCCCCAUUCCCCAUAAUUUUCAAGGUCAAAGAUUUACUGGGGAUACUGGAUAUUUUCAUUAUGUACCACAAAAUGCAAGGACAUACCAUCCUAGGAGUGAUCUUCAUGCUCCAAGUAUUAGAUGUCAGUCAGGUGGCUUUUAUCCUGGACAAGCAUUCUCAAAACAUCGAACAAGAAGUGAAGGACUUUUCUUAUCACAUGGAAAAGUGUUGGUGCUUUUGCGAGGUUUACCAGGAAGCGGCAAGACAACAUUAGCACAAAAACUGAAAGGUGAUGGAGUAAUACUCUCUACAGAUGAUUUCUUCAUAACAAAUGAAAGGUAUCAAUUCGAACAAAAUGACCUAGCCAAGGCACAUGAGUGGAAUCAAAAACGAGCAAAAGAUUCCAUGCAGAGAGGAGUGUCUCCAAUCAUCAUUGAUAACACUAAUAUGCAAGCAUGGGAAAUGAGGCCAUAUGUAUCAAUGGCUAAAAGGUUUGGUUACGAGGUAAUGAUAAAAGAACCAGAUACGCCUUGGAAAUGGAAUACCAAAGAGCUGUUGAAGCGUAAUCGACAUAAUGUCACCUUGUUCAGCAUCCAAAACAUGAAAGAAAGAUAUGAAAAAGAUUUGACGGUGGAAGCAAUUUUGGCCACCAGUUGGGAAAAGCUAGAAAAAGAUAAUCCUAAGAUUGAAACGUGUAAUUCAAAUAAAGACGAGACACGUAAACAUAACAGUGAAUGCAUCAAGCCCACGAGAGUUCCACAAGAAAUGGAAACUUUACGAAGUCAUGGUAGUCGAUCACCCAUACAAGAUAUCGAUUUCUCUCUAUCUGAACUCUCUCAUGCCGACCAAUCUUUAGAAAUAAACAAAAGCUUCAGUAAAGUCAGUAAUGUUAAUAAUGAAGGGGAUUUUGAAGAGACUUUAUUGCCAAAACCACAGCGAACCCCAAAGAGAAGAGAAAGGGCGUCGAAAUCACUUGAAAGAAUGCAAAAUAGCGAAGACGUCAAGGAAAACCCUAACAAAGUCUUGGACUCCAAAGAAGCAAAAAGCGAGAACGCAAGGCCUGUGUCGUUCAUGUCUGAGGAAGAAGAAAGUGUCGACGAUAAUGUACAGAAGUCAAUAGCAGGAGUACUUAAUAGCGAAAAUACCCUUUCUCUUAAGAAGGAGAUGGAAAAUACUGGAUCUUCCCUUCCCAUAAACCCAUUAAUAACUACUGAUGAGUCAAUGACUGUUGAAACAAACACGAAAGAAUUUUGUUCGGAAAACUAUUUUGCUAAAGAGAUUACAAAAAUUGAAAGUGAAAAUGAUACAGAUGAAGAAACGCAUGAAAAAGCAGAACACUACUUAGCCAAAACAAAUGACAGGUAUGAACGUUUUAAAAAUACAGGUACUGAAAAGGAAAACUCACUUGAAAACUUCAAGAAUGAUCUAAGCGAAUCAGAGCUAAGUGGUUUUCAGUUCUUGAAUACUUGUUUUCCUGACAUGGAUAUUCAACUUCUAGUCGAUGUUCUUGCUAACAAACAAGGAGACGUAACCAAGGCUGUAGAAAGUAUUCUUCGCCAUGAAGAUAACAGUUCGGAGGUCGAAAGUCGAAAACACGAUACGUCCAAUAUCAGCUCACCAGGAAAAAAUUCUUUGAAAACAUCUUCCUGUCAAAAAACGUCUGCUUAUACUGCACUUGAUCAAGGUUUGAAGCCACUACAAGGUUACCAUUUCCAAGAAUUUCGGGCAUCAAAACCACUUCCUUCAUUGAAGAGCGCAAAUUAUCUUCCUCAUGUUGGACAAGAUCCCGGUCAUUUUCAAAUGACGUUAGAGCCUGCAGUAGCGAUUCAGUUAUUAGAGUUAUUUGGACCAAUAGAUACUGUCAGUUUGGAAGGUGAUUUUUCGUCCAACGAUUUGAUAGUGCAGGUUGACUCUGAAUUUGCUAAGCUUUUGUAUAACCAGUGGCAAAAAACUAUCCAGAAUAAUAUCAAAGAGAAGUUAUCAUAUACAGAAAAACAGCCUCAUGUAUCAAGAACUGUGAACAAGGAAGAUUCUAGUCAAAGAUUAGAAGACAGCAAAGCAACUGAUCUCAGACAAAUCAUGGACGAACAAAUGGCUGUAGAGCAAAGUCGUCAGGACCAGAAAGAGUCUAGGGAAAACAUGGCUGUUGUUUUGAAACGUCAAAAACUGUACGCUAUGUUUCCUGGUGUUGAUCCUUUAGCUUUAAAGGAAUUGUUUGAGGCAAACAGGUAUGAAUUGCAGCCAACGAUUUCUAUGGUGGAAACAUCUUGCAAUCUUCAAGCUAAGCCGCCUGUAUUCCAAGAAAAGCAAGGCAACUGGAACUCUAGAUCACAUGAUGUAGAUGGUCACGGGGAACUGAAGACAGAAUUUCAAGAAUUACAAGAUCCUGACUACGAAGACUUUCGUGCUGAAGCCAAUACACAUUAUAAACUGAGAGAUGAAUGUUUCAGAAAAGCUGCUUUUGCAUUUUCUAAGAAACAGGGACAAUUAGCCCAAUUCUAUGCCUCACAGGGCCAUAUGCAUACAGAGGAGAUAAGGCAAGCUAACAGAAGAGCAGCCGCUAGAAUUUUGGAACACAAGAAUUCAAAUGGGGACCAAAAUUCUCUUGAUCUUCAUGGACUUCAUGUGGAUGAAGCAUUAAUGGCUCUAGAAGAAAAGCUUAUUUUUUCAGACUGGCCCAAGGACCGCCCAAGAUAUUUAUCAGUGAUAACAGGGCGAGGAAUACAUAGUAAACAAGGAAAAGCAAAAAUCAAACCUGCAGUAUUGGAAUAUCUCCAGCGUAAUAACUAUAGGUUCGAAGAACUACAACCUGGUCUUCUCCGUGUUUUUAUAAAUAGAUGAACACUUGUUACGCUCGAAUGUUUUACUUACCCGCGUGAAACAAUAUUUAACACUUAUUCACUGGGACCUAUAGGAAAGCAGUGUCUCGGCUUUUGUGUUCCCGGGACGGAUUUUUCCCAAUGUUCCAGUAAAUAAGUGUUUAGCUGGAGCAGUUUGGUAUGACUGCGAAAAGGUCGUUGACGUAUGCGUGCCUUACCGCGACCAGGAUGUUUUCUAGAAUUUUGAUUGGCUGAUUUAUUUUCCCGCGCAAUGUGAUUGAGUGCUGUGAUUGGUCUGGCAGUGCCGUCACCUUAGCGUGGCCGUGUGUAUGACCGCGCCGUGUUUCGUGUAUUAUGUUGGAGAGAGAGUAAUGA